AUGGCGCUAAGGACUCUACCAACUCUCAAAUUCUUCAAUGUGACCAUACCCGCACAAUAUGUGGUCCAUGUCGAGAUCAACCGGCCGGAAAAGCUCAAUGCUUUCUUUGGACCCAUGUGGAUCGAGCUGAAGGCCAUCUUUGACCAUCUGUCGCAUGACCCUGAUGUCCGGACCAUUCUGCUCUCUGGAGCCGGUGACCGAGCGUUCACAGCAGGCAAAGAUUUUGAUCUGACUUCCUGUCCUUCAGGGCUCGAUGUCGAGCAGGCUGCGAAAUCCAAUAGCCCACUUUCCACAGGGGUCCCGGACCCAUCGAGAAAAGCGACAUUACUAAGGCGACAUGUACUCGAACUACAAGACGUAAUCACAAGCGUCGCGCGAUGUGAGAAACCGGUCAUCGCGCUUCUCCACGGAUACACGUAUGGUCUUGGCAUCGACUUGUCAUCAGCAUGCGAUAUGCGCUUCUGCACGAAGGACACCAAGCUGUCCGUCAAAGAAGUCGACAUCGGUUUAGCAGCGGACGUUGGAACACUGAGUCGCUUACCCAAGGUCGUUGGGGGCGUAACGAGUUGGGUCAAGGAUGUCUGUCUCAGUGCACGCCCAUUCUCAGCAGAGGAAGCGCUCAAGAACAACUUUGUAAGCCGAGUGGUGGAUGGCGGUAAAGCCGAAUUAUUCAAGGAAGGGUUGGAGACGGCGCAAUACCUUGCAAGCAAAAGCCCUGUGGCCGUUCAAGGAACGAAAAACAUCCUCGACGCGUCUUGGGGAAGGACAAUCGAGGACAAUCUCAAUUACACCGCGGUAUGGAACGCGGGGAUGGUGCAAAGCAGUGAUGUUCAGAGGGCAAUGUUGAGCGGCUUGCAGAAGAGAACACCCACCUUUGAGAAGCUGUAA